AUGUCAUCUAAGCCAGUCUGGCUCAUUACUGGCUCGAGCGCGGGCUUAGGCCUAGCACUCACUCGGUACGCAUUAUCUCAGGGCCACAGAGUCAUUGCAACAUCACGAAACCCAUCGAAAACCCCAGAACUCGUAGCUGAGGUGGAGAACAAGGGUGGGAAAUGGUUGACCCUGGAUGCGCUCUGGGAGGAAGACGCCAUCAAGGACACCCUUCAACAAGCAGAGUCCCUUUUCGGUCGUCUUGACAUUGUCGUCAACAAUGCUGCAUACGCUGUUGUCGGUUCCACAGAAGAUGUACCCGAUGCUGAUGUCCUGACCCAGAUGCAAGUGAACUUCCUGGCACCAUUGCGUGUCAUGCGAGCAGUUCUCAGUGGGAUGAGAGAGCGCAAAUCAGGAGUCAUCUUGAACGUUUCGAGCGCACAGGGACUUUGUCCGAGUCCAGCGAAUGGCAUUUAUGCCGCCAGCAAGGCUGCCAUGGAGGCAGCAUCAGAUGCCCUGGGAGCGGAGGUUGCUCCCUUCGGCAUCAGGGUCUUGAUAGCCUUACCAGGCGCUUUCAGGACGAAUUUUGCGAAUGCAGGCGCAUUUACCGAACCUUCUGAGCCAUACGCCAACGACCACCCAGUCGGAAAGAGGCUGAAAUGGAUUCAAGAGUUGGGAUCAGGUGCAGCAAGAGGAGAUCCGGAGAAGGCAGCGAAAGUAAUGUUCGAAGCAGCAACGGGGAAGGGAACGUUCGGCGAACUAAUCGCAAAGGGGAAGUUCUUGCGAGUGUUUAUUGGACCUGACAGCUGGCAAGUCGCAGACGCGAAAGUCAAUGAGCUCAGAAGGACAAUUGAUGCGGAGAAGGACCUGGCCGGAAGUACGGACCUGUGA